AUGUCAAUCCCAACUACUCAAAAAGCUGUUGUUUUUGAAACCAACGGAGGUAAAUUGGAAUACAAAGAUAUCCCAGUCCCAAAACCAAAGCCAAAUGAAUUAUUAAUUAAUGUUAAAUACUCCGGUGUCUGUCACACUGAUUUACACGCUUGGAAAGGUGAUUGGCCAUUGGCUACCAAAUUGCCAUUGGUCGGUGGUCACGAAGGUGCUGGUGUUGUUGUUGCCUUGGGUGAAAAUGUCAAAGGCUGGAAAGUUGGUGAUUUUGCUGGUAUCAAAUGGUUGAAUGGUUCUUGUUUGAACUGUGAAUACUGUCAAGCUGGUGCCGAACCAAAUUGUGCUCAAGCUGAUUUAUCCGGUUACACCCACGAUGGUUCUUUCCAACAAUAUGCUACUGCUGAUGCCGUUCAAGCUGCCAGAAUCCCAGCUGGUACUGACUUGGCCAAUGUUGCUCCAAUAUUGUGUGCUGGUGUCACUGUUUACAAAGCUUUAAAGACUGCUGACUUGCAAGCUGGUCAAUGGGUCGCUAUCUCUGGUGCCGCUGGUGGUUUGGGUUCUUUAGCUGUCCAAUAUGCCAAGGCUAUGGGUUACAGAGUUCUUGCCAUCGAUGGUGGUGAAGACAAAGGUGAAUUCGUCAAAUCAUUAGGUGCUGAAGCUUACAUUGAUUUCACCAAAGAAAAAGAUAUUGUUGCAGCUGUCAAGAAAGCCACUGACGGUGGUCCACAUGGUGUUAUCAAUGUCUCCGUUUCUGAAAAAGCUAUCGACCAAUCUGUUGAAUACGUUAGAUCAUUAGGUAAAGUUGUUUUGGUUGGUUUGCCAGCACACGCUAAAGUUUCUGCUCCAGUUUUUGAUUCUGUUGUCAAAUCUAUUCAAAUCAAAGGUUCAUACGUUGGUAACAGAAAAGACACUGCUGAAGCCGUUGACUUCUUCUCAAGAGGUUUGAUCAAAUGUCCAAUCAAGAUUGUUGGUUUAUCUGAAUUACCAGAAGUUUACAAAUUGAUGGAAGAAGGUAAGAUUUUGGGUAGAUACGUCUUGGACACCACCAAAUAA